UAUUGUGUAUGUGUGUUGUGUGUAGUUUAACCUAACUUGAUCUUAAAUUUCAAACUCAUAAGUGUAAUCACGCAAACAACAGACUUUCAGUGCGAGUGCUUUGCGAACUUUUUAUUAUUACUAAAUAUUAAGAAAUUAGUAAUUAUUAGGAAAUCGUUAUUGUGAACAAUAAUUAUAAAGAAGCUGUAGGUUCCAUGGCAUUUCCACUAAAUGAUCAGGUCUACACAAAGUCCUUUACUCCAAGAGAGUACCAGGUAGAGCUUCUUUACGCAGCAAAACAAGAAAAUAUAAUUGUAUGUUUGGGAAAAAAUUCUGAGCAAACUUUUCUUGCUAUAAAAUUAAUUCAAGAGUUUGCUACCAAUAAUAGAAGAUUGAUAAGUGAUGGUGGAAAACGAGCAAUAUAUAUAUUAAAUGAUGAAGAAAAGUGUACAAUAAUAGGAACUUAUAUAAAACAAUUAACAGAUUUGAAAGUAUUAGCAUGUGAUUGUGGUGUAGAUAAGGAAUUUGCUGACAAUUUUGAAAGUUUUCAUGUGUUAGUCGGAACACCAAAAGUUUACGCACAAUUAAUAUCAGAAAACAAAAUUUUACCGUUUCACAUAAGUCUAGUCAUAGUGGAUGAGUGCCAUAAGUCUAUUGAAGACAGCAAUUUAAAGUUUGUUCUUCGAACUUUUUUAUUGUGCAACAAUGUUCCUAGAAUAAUUGGAUUAGCGGUACCAGUGUUUAAUUUGACAGAAGAGCCUGGAAGAUUGGGCCUAGAAGUAGAAAAAGUAGAGGCUGCCUUUCAGUGUAGAGUAGAAACGACUAAUGAUAUUCUUUCAAUAAUACGUUAUAGUCCAAAACCAAGAGAGUACGUUGUGGAAUAUGCUAGGGAAGAAAAGGAAGAUUUACGCAGUAAACUUGAAAAUUGCGUGCUACAUGCCAUUGAGUUUUUACGCGAUCAUCGAUAUGAUCCAAUGGAGAUUUACACCGAGGAAUUUUAUGAGGAUAUUCAGAAAAUUCCUGAUCCCAUACAAAAGCCCUUCGAGAUGAUGCAGGAUUUUUUGCAUAUAUUAGAAACUCUAGGACCAUGGUGUGCAGAUCGCGCUGCUUUAGCAUUAUUAAUUUUAACAGAAAAAUUGAAAAUCAAAACUCCUUAUGAGAGGCAUUAUCUUUUAUUAAAUAUGAUGACAUCUGUUUUUAUAAAAAUUCGUGCUCUUUGUGAUAAUGAAUUUCAACACUUAUCGGAGAAAGAAAGGAUAUAUCAAUAUAGCACUCCAAAAGUUCAUCGACUAUUACAAAUUUUAAAAACUUAUACUCCUUUUUAUAUGAAAGAAACUAAGAGUCCAGAGAAAAAGACAAAUACUGAGAUUAAUUCUAAAAAUUGUAUUACAAAAAGUGACAAAGACAUUUCUUUCCCGAGAAAUCAAGAAAAACAAGCACCAUUAAAAAGAUUCGGAAAUAAUUGGAAAUCUAACGAUGACAAUUACAAAAAGACAUCCAAGUCACAACGUUACUUAUGCAGUAGUGCGGAUCCUGAUUUACUUUGUGGAGUAAUUUUUGUGGACAAAGGGUUCACAGCUAAAGUUUUGUUUUAUUUAUUAAGUGAAAUAAGUAAGCAUGACGAAGAUUUGCAUUUUUUAUCACCUCUUUAUACAAUUGAAAGAAAUACUGACGAGGUUGGUUAUUCGAGGGAUUUAGAAAUGGAACAUAGGAAACAGGAAGAAGUUUUAAAGCGAUUUAGAAUUCAUGAAUGUAAUUUAUUGAUUGCAACUUCAAUUUUGGAAGAAGGCAUUGACAUUCCAAAAUGUAAUUUUGUGAUGAGGUACGACUUUCCGAAGAAUUAUCAGUCGUACAUACAGUGCAAGAGUAGGGCAAGAGCGAUGGAUGCUUUGCAUGUAUUAUUGGUACCACAAAAAGCAUCUAAAGAAUUUAUAUGGCAGUUAGCUCAAUAUCAAUAUAUAGAAAAGACUUUAUUAUUAAAAUGUUCUAAUAAAGAACUAACUGAGGAGGAAGAGAAUGAAGCAGACAUGUACGCUGCGAUGAUACCACAUUACAAACCACUUGAUGGCGAUGAUGCCCCCAAAGUGACUUUUAAUUCUGCUAUUUCAUUGGUUAAUAGGUAUUGUGCAAAAUUACCUAGCGAUACUUUCACGAGAUUAACACCAGAGUGGUCGAUUGAAGCCGUUGAUAUUCACAAUACGCAGAUGUAUACCUGUUCUUUACGGCUUCCCAUAAACUCACCACUGAAAUAUGUAGUUACGUCUUACCCAAUGCCGAAUAGAGCGAUGGCGAGACGUAUGGCUGCCUUGCAAAUGUGCAUCGACCUACAUCGCGAAAACGAGAUAGAUGAUAAUUUGUUGCCUAUCGGAAAGGAGAACUUUAAAGCCAAGCCUGAAGAUGUUGAAGUACCUGCUUCACCAGAUGAAAGUAGAGCUGACUUUUCAGAAGCUAGACCUGGAACGACAAAACGCAGACAAUACUAUUAUAAGAAGACAGCUGAAGCAUUAACGGAUUGUAGGCCAAUAAUUGGAAUACCAUCUUAUUUAUAUCACAUUAAUAUGGUAUUAAGUUGUCCACUGCCUGAGGAACAAAAUACACGAGGCAGACGCAUUUACCCACCUGAAGAAUCGGCUAUUGGAUUUGGCAUACUUACGUCGAAGGAAAUACCUAAGUUGUGUCCAUUUCCUAUUUAUACUAGGUCGGGUGAGGUUCAUGUGCAAUUAAAACUUAGUAAGCAGACUGUAAUUUUGGACGAGGUUCAGAUAGAAAGAGUUGAUACUUUUCUUAAUUAUACCUUCACAAACGUCUUGAGAUUACAAAAGUAUCUGAUGCUCUUCGAUCCAAACACUUCAGAGAAUUCAUACAUAAUUGUGCCAGUAAAAAUAUUUACAACAGAAGAAGGGUCAGAUGUUAGUGUGGACUGGGAUUUUCUGGAAUGCAUUUAUCAGAAUCAAAAUGCGGUGCCAACCAAAGUUCCAGAAGAAGAUAGGAAAAAUUUCAACUUUGAUCCAUCCAAAUAUUAUGACGCUGUAAUCAUGCCAUGGUACAGGAGUCAAGACCAACCACAGUACUUUUAUGUAGCGGAAAUCUGCACGAACCUAAAUCCGAAGUCUUCUUUUCCCGGACACGACUAUAGCACUUUCGAAGAAUAUUAUUUGAAGAAAUACGGUAUACAAAUACAGAAUCUAGAGCAGUCGUUGUUAGAUGUGGAUCACACAUCGGCUAGAUUAAAUUUUUUAACUCCUAGAUAUGUUAAUCGCAAAGGCGUCGCGUUGCCUACGAGUAGUGAGGAAACCAAACGCGCAAAGAGAGAAAAUUUAGAGCAAAAGCAGAUUCUCGUUGCUGAAUUAUGUGCUAUUCAUCCUUUCCCAGCGUCUUUAUGGAGACAAGCGGUCUGCUUACCGUGCAUACUGUAUAGAAUUAAUGCUCUGUUACUUGCUAAUCAAAUACGAUGUCAAGUUGCACAAAUGAUAAACUUGGGGCAAGAGAAUUUGAGAUCAGAUUUUGAAUGGCCAGCGCUAGAUUUUGGAUGGAGCUUGGCGGAAGUGUUGAAAAAAUCGAAGGAAACGGAAAAGACAAAGCAGACCAAAAAUGACAACGCACAAAGCAACUCAUCGACCAACAACGCGAACAAUGUAGAUUCCAAUAAAUGCCAAAACACUGAUCAAGAUGCAAAUAAUAUGCAAAUUGCAUUGUGCAAUGAGACUGAGAAGCUAAUAGAGCAGGAAUCCGACAAUACAACGACUGAUCAAGCGGAAGAAGAGAUUGCCGACGAUCAAAAAGAUGAUGAGUUGGAAAUCGGCACAUGGUCGAACGAUAUGGCGUGGUCGAGUGACAUGACAAUUAAAUCUAUAGAUUAUGAUGACGAUAAUCUGAAAUCAUUCCCCCUAAAUGUGACGGUUUUGCCGCAAGAUUUCGGUUGGAAUGAUAUACGAUAUGGCUCGCCAACAUGUGAAUCUGAUUUCGACGGUUACGAAUCGGAUGAUAUGUACAGCGAUGGUUUUGCCGAUACGUCCGACGAAAGCGAGGACGAAAGCAGAGGCCUAAAGAUUUCUUACAUGGGGGAGAAUAUCGCCGAAGCUGUGGAGGAUGAAAAACAAAUAUGUAAGCAGGAGAUCAACAAGAAGAUCUUGGACCUUUUAGAGACAGAGAAGAAUUUUGACAAUAAUUUCUGGUUGUACACGGAAAAGGAUGAGGAAUUGUUACUCGCGAAACAUAAGGACGCUCAUUACGAGUUCGCCAAGAAGAAGGAAUGCGACAUAAUGAACGACGGUACCUUCAUAUCUUGUAAUUCUGAAAUUACGAUUAAGAGGAAGAACUCGUUGAGUUGCCAAACCGACAGAAAGCAACCGAAUUAUACACAUAAGGAUUAUAUCGAAACUGUUGUAAAGAAAUUUACGGAUGAAGUAUUGAAUAAGAAACUCGCGGAAUCUACUCAAGUAGUAAAGAAAGAGAUUAACAAGCUAGAGGAAGUAAAUUAUUUAGAUAGCGGUCUUUUCAGCUUCGAUUAUCAACCAGAAUUGAAAAAUCAUUCGGGGCCAAGUCCGAGUUUAAUUCUGCAGGCUUUAACAAUGUCUAAUGCGAACGACGGCAUUAAUCUAGAGCGAUUGGAGACGAUCGGCGAUUCAUUUCUUAAGUAUGCUAUAACUACAUAUUUGUAUUGCACAUAUGACAAUAUCCACGAAGGGAAACUUAGCCAUUUAAGAUCGAAACAGGUUAGCAAUUUAAAUCUUUAUAGACUUGGGAGGCAGAAAAUGCUUGGCGAGAGUAUGAUAGCGACCAAGUUUGAGCCGCAUGAUAACUGGCUGCCCCCUUGUUAUUACGUACCUAAAGAGCUGGAGCAAGCACUGAUCGAAUCUGGCGUUCCUUCCGCUCUGUGGAAUCAAGCUGAUAUCCCCACCUUGCAAGCUGUAAAUCCCACCGAAAUAACUCAACUUGUGAAAGAGACUGAGGAGAAGCUUGUGAUUAUGAAAAGCGAAUUGGAUAAAAACGAAAGCAGGCUGUCGAACAACUUGGAUAAUCUGCGAUGCUUCAUACCUUAUAAUUUAAUUACGCAGCAUAGUAUCCCGGAUAAAAGUAUCGCAGAUUGUGUCGAAGCUUUAAUAGGAGCGUACUUAAUUGCAUGCGGACCCCGCGGAGCGCUUCUAUUCAUGACUUGGUUGGGAAUUCAUGUUUUGCCCACUGAAGAAAUUUGCGCGAUACGGGAAGACGAGCCGGAAGAGAGAAUACCUGGUAGUACACCAUAUACGAAGGGAACUAAUAAGCAUGGUGAAACUACUUGGACGCAAAUUUGUUACGGGAAAUUGGAAGAACCGCAAAAUCCAUUACUCCGAUACAUUCCCGAUCCAGAGAGUGAAUUGUAUAUGAUGCUCGACGGGUAUGAAGAACUGGAAAAAAGUAUAGGAUAUAAAUUUCAUGACAGUAGUUAUUUAUUGCAAGCAUUCACGCACGCAUCCUAUCAACCAAACAGAUUAACGGAUUGUUAUCAACGUUUGGAAUUUCUUGGUGAUGCUGUGUUAGAUUAUUUAAUAACUAGACAUUUAUACGAGGAUUCCCGACAACAUUCGCCGGGUGCUCUAACAGAUUUAAGAUCUGCUUUAGUCAAUAACACGAUAUUCGCUUCUUUAGCUGUGAGAUGCGGAUUUCAUAAAUAUUUCCGUCAUCUUUCUCCUGGACUGAGCGUAGUGAUAAAUCGCUUUGUUAGAAUGCAGGAAGAAAAUGGACAUUCCAUUAGUGAGGAGUACUAUUUGAUUGGCGAAGAAGAAUGCGAAGAAGCCGAAGAUGUAGAAGUACCGAAGGCAUUGGGUGAUGUUUUCGAAUCAUUAGCUGGUGCUAUCUACUUGGACAGUGGAAUGUCUCUUGAUGCAGUGUGGAGCGUUUAUUAUACAAUAAUGAAAUCAGAGAUUGAACAAUUUAGCACAAAUGUUCCCAAGUCCCCAAUACGUGAACUACUGGAAUUGGAACCGGAAACGGCAAAGUUUGGAAGGCCCGAGAAAUUGGCCGACGGCCGUAGAGUUCGAGUAACUGUAGACGUGUUCGGGAAGGGGUCCUUUAAAGGAAUCGGACGAAAUUACAGAAUCGCAAAGUGUACGGCAGCUAAGUGCGCUUUAAAGAAGUUAAAAAGCAAAAUACAGACCUAUCCGAGACAGAAGCUGUGACAAAGUUUGUAAUUAAUAAAAAAA